AUGAACAUGCCAGAGGUACCUUUUGAUCGAUUGGACCCUGGUCCACCCCAGUUACCGCCUCGAACUUCAAAAACAGAUUAUCCUAUCUCACCUCCUCGGACAAAACAUCACCGGCUCAGUGCUGGUGCAUCCAAUGUCUUUUCAAAAAUUCAUGGCAAAUCGGGUCAACGGCCUCGAUCAACCUCGGACGUUGGUGUAGCGGAAUCUUCUGCGCGAGCAGCCGCCAUUUCACCUCAGUCAUCGCCAUCCGAAGAAGUCAAUCCGCCGGACGAAAUGGCUUCUUAUUACUCUCACUUGCACAAGCACGUACGUCAAGUGAAACGUACCAAUAAGAGCCAUCUUAUGCCGCCUGUACGAGCCGACUUUGAAAUCCGUGACGAUCAGGGUACAAUAUCGGUCCAGUGGACAGCUUUUAUACAGGCGUGGUUCCUUUAUCUUGUAAAUUCACAAGCCGGUGAUCGUAUUGACGAUCGAUUGGAGCCUUUUUCGCUACAUGUCAUUAAAAGCAGCAUGGAUCGUUUGUACCUGCUUCUUGAGCCCUUGGCCAAGCCUGCAAAGUCUAUACGCCGAGUUUACCGAUGGGAGAAGGUGUGGGUGACAGGCGCGAGUCUUUCGAUCUACGUGAUUCUGUGGUAUCAUGAUCUCCUCCUGACUGUCAGUUUUGCACUCUUGAUCAUGUUUAUUAUUUCCAUCCGCAUGGAUACAUUCGCACAGUACGGAGUAGAGGCACUUGCCAAGGAUAAUGAAGUACCAGAAACCAACGGUCGCUUUUGGAAAAAAUUUCGCCAUCAUUACGGCACACAGCCAUACUUGGGAUUCAGCGCCCUGGAACACAAGUCCUUGAGCGAAUGGCGUUCGGAUGUCAAAGAACAGUACGGACCCAAGGCGCAACUCUUGAUGAAUGACUUGGUGGAUCGAUUAGAACGACUGAAAAAUUUGAUUACGUGGAAACGUCCAGCCAUGACACGACUGCUGCUGUGUGUCCUUAUCAUUGUGACGGUGGUCCUUGCAUACAUGCCAAUGCGGUACCUCGGCAAGCUCCUGCUGCUUUGGAUUGGCGUCGAGUUUUUCUUUUUACAGGCACUGCGUUCGCAUUACCCCACGCAUCGACGUGCGUUCAACGUCAUUGAUUGGCUGCUUCGGGGAGUGCCAAACGAUGCUGAGUAUGCUUUGGAAGUCAUCCAACUGCGUCGAACUCAGCCCUCCAAGCCGAAAGAACCUCAUCACGUCAAAUCGAGAUCCAUCACCGCGCCCACACUUACUGUUCCUCCCAAGCCUUCACCGUCACAAUCGACCAACAGCUCCAUCUCUACCGCGGACACAACCGAGCUUGUGGAAGAACCAGAUGUGAUGCCUGGUAAAGCCACCUCAACGGCCGCCACGCUUGCUACCAUGAUGGCAGCUGCUGCGGUGGAUCAGGUCAAACAAAUCAUUGAAGAACGCAUCGAACAGGACACGGAAAAUGACGAUACUUUGAGAAAACGAGGUCGUCAGAAACGCCUUUCAAGGAAAAGCACAGAAGAAGCAUGCGAUACUUAUGGAUGCAUGUACAAGGGAACGAUUCCCGGAAGAAUUGUGCUUACACCUGAAAGCCUGCAAUUCCGUACUUCUCGUGUAACAGGUGCUCGUAUACUAGUGGACUAUCCAUGGUCUGAUAUUGUGGGCGUCCGAAAAACAAAAAAUAUUGACGUGGUGAUCUGGCAUACCAACGGACUCGAGAUCACCACUUCCGAAGGCGAGGUUCUUCGCUUCGAAAAUGUGGUGAAGCGAGAUGAUUGCUUCAAUCAACUCGUGUCGCUGUCUGGCGAACAGUGGAGACAUUUGUGA